AGGCCCUGCAGUUGGACAACUGCUAACAGAGCGGUCAAAAUGGAGGUUAGCAGAUGCAGUAGUCGAGGCUCGAACGGCAACCGCGGCCGGCCUUGCAUAUGGCGAUUCGCGACUCUUCUUACUUCUCUCUUUUCUUUUCUUUUCUUUUCUUUUCUUUCCUACACCUUGUUCGCAUGAGAUAGCGUUGCUGUGCCUGUCGAGCGGGCUUUCUACUUGCUGCGUCAACAAUUCUCGUGAAAAGCUCACCAAAGCAACCCUCCCGAAACACAAUGGCUCCAACAAUCCUCUCACGCUUCGCGCGUUUUCUGGGCGUGCACUCCCUCCGCGCAACAGGCCGAGAUGCCUACAUCAUCAUCACGCUCCGCUGUCUGCGCAUGUUCUCCGCCGGCAUCCCCUCCCUCAUUCUCGCGCUGUUCUUUGCGUCUUUAAAUUUCCCCGACUCUCGUAUCGGCUUGUUCAUGACGUUGACCCUGCUGGGCGACGUUGUUCUGUCGCUGGUCCUUACGCUCGUAGCGGACAAACUUGGACGCCGCAAGACUCUCCUCUUUGGCUCCGCGAUGAUGGUGCUGUCAGGCACUGCGUUCGCCAUGUCCGAGAACUUCUGGGUGUUACUGGGCGCAGCGGUGAUUGGAGUGAUCAGUGUAACGGGUGGAGAUGCUGGGCCAUUCAGAGCGGUAGAAGAGAGUACGUUGAGCGGGCUGACGAACGAACGGACGAGGAGCGAUGUCCUAGCGUGGUAUGUCACUGCUACGACGAUGGCGGGGGCUGUAGGGUCAGAGGUCGCUGGGCGGCUGGUCACGUGGGUCGAGAAGAGCAGCGGCGACGUGAAGAAGGCAUACCAUAUCCUGUUCUGGAUGUAUGCCGCGUUUGGUGUUGUGGGGUGCGUGCUGUGUCUGGGACUGAGCAAGCAAUGCGAGGCGGCCAACGAAAAGACCAAGGAGAUGCAAGAACGCGGGCGCGGUGUGUCCCGCGGCGAUGGCGAAGAAGAGGAGGUCCUGCUCGAGGCCAUGACGCCUACUACAGACGGCCACGCGCGCUCCUCCGAGUCGCAAAGACCCAACAUCCGUGUCGCUAGCAAGGAGAAGGCGUCCUACUUCUCGCAGAUCUCCAAGCAGACACGCAGCAUCAUGUACAAGCUCUGGGCGCUGCUCGCAAUCGACUCCCUCGCCGACGGCAUGACGCCCUACUCCCUGAUGAACUACUACGUCGAUCAGAAAUUCCACCUCUCCAAGGCGACCCUUGGCGACAUCACGUCCGCAUCAAUGUUCCUCUGUGCCGUGUCCUCCAUCUUUGCGGGGCCCCUGUCCAAAUACAUUGGCCUGAUCAACACCAUGGUGUUUACACAUCUGCCUUCGUCUAUCGCAAGCGCGUUUAUCCCGCUCCCGAACUCCGUCGGCUGGACCGUUGGUUUGCUGCUCUUCCGCGCAGCCCUGAACAGCAUGGACCAAGCCCCCCGCGCGGCUUUCAUUGCUGCAGUCGUUAAGCCCGAGGAACGGACUGGUGUCAUGGGCAUCACGCACAUGUUGCGCACGCUGGCGAUGAGUGUGGGCCCGUCGAUCACUGGGAUAUUGGCUGGCAACGACAAGUUCUUCGCGGCGUUUGUGGCCACGGGGAUUUGCAGGGUCACGUACGACGUGGGGUUGUGGGUGUUGUUUGUCAAUGUCAAGGUUGACGGGAGCAACAGAAAAGAGGAUGACAGGAGGGAUAGUGUAGAUGAGGCUGCAUGGGAUGAGUUGCUGGGGGAUACGGACAGUGAGGGUAGCAGUUGGGAUGGGCGGAAGAGCAAGGACGAGGAGAGGGGUACAGUUUGAUGUGAGCUGGCUGCAUGGAAUUGGAUACUGUACUUUCCACGACUCAUGAAUCCGCACAAACUACUAAAAUUUGAAAUCUAUCAAGUUCU